GGAGGAUUCAAGUCAUUCAAGAUUUUUUCUGAGGUUAUGUUUUCUAGUUUUUUGUUUGGAUUAACUUUAUUUAUAAACAAACUGUUUUUACCUGUUUUGUGCAUCUUGGAAAUUAGAAAAAACGUAAAAUUUGCAUAUAUUAAUCUAACCGAAAAAAGGGCCUAUUUGCUUUAAAACAUGAACUAGAAGCCGAAAUUAUGGACAUAGACCCUCAAAAUUUCUUCCAAACACUGAAGAAUCAGUCUACGGACAGCUUCAAGGGCCCCACAGAAUGUUUGAGGCUGUUGGCAAUACUGAACUACAAUUUUACCGAGGAACAACUUGAUGCGUCUUUAGUUGAUCUAUACAUAUACCACAUUUUCAACAAAACCAACGGCAUAUUCAGCUUCAUACUAGAAGUAGUAAAUAAUUCAAAAUUCGACUAUGCCACUGGUAAAUCGUUUGAACUAAUUUAUACAAUACUAAACAACUUUUCAAACAAAAUUGGAGACAGUGUACUGGAUAUUAACGACAAAUGUCUAAAAGUGUUGCAAAGUAGUGCCUCAGCAAAAGUAAAAACCAAAGCCCUAGAUGUACUGCUUAUCAGUUUUGAGAAAAUCGAUAAAUGUUUGGAAAAUCAAGAAAAAUAUGCGGCAGUCUUUGAUGGGGUUAGGGCUUGUUUGAUACAAGCAAUCCACACAGAUUCAAUCAGACAAAAAGAGUUUAUGGCCAUAGGUCUUUUUGUAAAAAAAUUCCGCUAUUUAAUUACAGGGCCUGACUCUUUAAAAAAUUAUUUCAUAAUGCAAUUGGACAGGCAAAUUGUAAAAGGGCCUUCACAGAGCGUACUUUAUGGUAUAUUUACAGGACUUAAUUAUUUUUGUGAAAGUUUCCCUUUGAGUUUAGAGAAUCCAGAUGAUGCAGUGAUAAUUGAAAAGCUUUAUAAGUAUAUCAGGGAUCUAUCUAAAGCUGAAGGAAAAGUGAAAUAUGCAAACAGAGCUGCUUUAUGCUUUUUUGCUUCCUACAUGAAUUUAUUCAUGAAAACUGUUAUUAAUGAAUACAAGCAAUGGCAUAAGAGGUUAUUAGUUGAAUGGUUGAAUAUGGGAAUAGAAGAAAAAAAGGCAGGAGAACAAGCUCUUAAGGCCUUAUUAAUGAAUAUUUCUCACUCAUUAGCUGGAAUGGAUAAAAAAAAUUGCAUGCCAAUACUAACUCAUUUCAUUGGUUGGUUUAAAUCUAUAAUACGUAAAGAAAAAGCUUCAGCUACCGAGAAAAAAUUGUGUGUACAAGGCCUGAAAUAUUUUUGUAGCCCCUUGUACAAGCACUACCCCAAAGAAGAAGCUCGAGACAUUUUUCUAAUGAUCAUGCAAAAUUUUGAAAAGUUGUAUGUUCUCAAUGAAAACCCCGACUAUGAAGACAAAGAAUUUUUGCCUGAUUAUGUCCAAUGUUUGGCCAGUUUUAUGAGGUAUCAAACUUUUUCCAAUGGUGAAAUUUACUGCCUACAAAGAGCAGUUAUAAGUAUGAUAAAAUCCUUUGACAAAUUAAAGCCUCUACAUCAUUCUAUUGUAAUUGAUGCUCUGGUGACCACUCUAUUUUAUUUAAAAGAAACUAAACAUUUUGAGGCAUUUUUGGAAAACAUUGUUUAUCAGGGUGUUGUUUGGUCUUGUAGCCAUCAACACAUAUCAGAUUCGAACUUAAAAGAUGUAGUGACAGUGAAAAACUACUUUCCUUUAUGGCGUGGCUUGUUAAAACUUGCAACUAAUCGCCAAUAUGAUAAAGUAUCAAUAUAUUUCGAUGACAGACAAUAUAUUUUAACAAAAAUUGUCAAUGAAUUAAUAAAAAUUGUAUUGAUAUUGAUUAAUAAAUUGAAUAUAAAUGUGAAACUCAAAGAGGACGUUAUACAAACUGAUAUAGAAACAGCUUAUCAGGUGGAACACUCUAGUGAUUUUGCUAUAUUUUUGAACGUUAUUGAUUUUUAUGAGGAAAUAUUUAUGAACAUUGAGCCAGCCAUGUUGAGGCUUUGCAUUUGCAAAUUAAUCAAUCAUCUUGUGGAGAAAUGCAUCAAAUUUCCUUUGAUUAGCGGAUUUUAUAGAUUAUUGAGUUUUGUUUUGAAAAUCGCAAAUGAGUUGAUGCUGUUUGAUGCAGGUAAUAUAACUUUGAACCAAAACGUAGCCAAUUGUAAGGAAACCCUUCCAAAAUUUCUAACAUUUCUACUGCACAAAAUGAAACAAUUCAAAGAUGAGCUGCUUAUAUCGUGUUUACAUGUUUUGUUGGAAUGUCCCAUUGUAAUUAUAGAACCUUUGUUACCAGAGUGUACAGGUAUAUUUGUAACCGUUUUCGAUGUGGGCAGAAGUUACAUAGCUUUGGCAAACAUGGGCCUAAACACAUUGGAACACUGGCAAAAAUCCAUAAACCAAACCGAUUUUGAGCCAUUUAUAAUUCAAGUCAUACCUUGUCUGGAUAGUUAUUUGAGAAGCAAAUUUCUGGGGGGCUUAUCUCAGACGAACGCGUUGGAUAAAAGACGCAAGGGUGCUCAGGGCUUGAAAAAACGUACAGUGCUGGUGCAGUUGGAGCCAGAAUUGGUGAAAUUUCAAAAACGCGUUUUACGUUUCGUUGGAAGUCAAAAUAGUCACGUUUGUAGGGCUUUUGUGAUGCCUGACAAUAAUUUUGAGAGAAAAGUAACAAGUGAUAAUUUACAUUUAAAAGUUGCAUUGCCAUAUGAAGAUUUGGCAUUGGAAAUCCACUUGGAACCGUUUAUAAUGAGAGUUGUUGAAUUAUCUUUAUAUUCAAGUGAUAGGAAAACUAGAAUAAUGGCUUGUGAGCUUUUACAAGCCUUCGUGAUGGUUUUCUUAGGAAGAACAAAACAAAUGGCUCAUUCUGGCCUGUCAGAUUUGGAAGAUCUUUUCAAGAAUCUAGCGAUGCCUUUAUUACAAUUGGGCUGUGAUAUAGAUCAAGUUGUUAGACAAAUUUUCGAGCCUUUAUUUAUGCAACUAGUACACUGGUAUACGUCAAAAGUACAGCGUGAGAGUCCGCAUUUGGCCGUUAUAAUUGAUGUAUUAAUGGAAGGUGUAACUCAUCCUACAAACUCGUCCCUGAGAGAUUUUUCAGGCAAAUCCCUAAACGAAUUUGUCAAAUGGACUGUUAAGCAAAGUUCAGAACAAGAACUAAAAACAAACCCUCAAAAUAUCAAAAUCCUUGUCAAACGAAUCAGGUUUUUCAGCUCUCAUCCAGAUCUAGUGAAAAAACUGGGAGCUGCCCUGAUUUUCAACAACAUUUACAAAGAAAUCAGAGAAGAACGCGCUCUUAUUAGUAUUUUUUCUAUGGAAUUAUUACACAUAUUUAUCAAUAGCUUAGCUUUAUUGGAAUAUUCAAAUGAGGAAGUCGAUAAUACUGUAACACAAAUUUUAAAUGCUAUAGGGCAUUUGAAAAGGAUUUUUAUGGAAAAAGCUCCAAUUUUUCGCACAACUGACAACUUAAGACGAAUCCCUUCGGAUAUUACUGAAGGCACCUUGGAAGGACUUGUGAAGUGGAUUUUAUCUAUGACUGCUAGUCGAAGUAAAUAUUGCAGAGAUAUCUCCAUGGAACUAUUCAUUCAUAUUCAACCAUUAUGUGGCACCAAAGAAUCCUUACCAGCAUGUGUCUUGAAACAAUAUCCAGAUGAUAAUUUUCAAGCAAUAUUUGCAGAACACAUAAACAAAAAUCCCACUUUACAUGAUUUAAAGAUUACUGAAGAUUGCACUUUGCUGCUAAAAUGGUUACAAGCACUCUUAUGUUUGAUUGACGGUUAUUUAUUUAUUAUCAAAAACUCUUUAGGCCAGUUUGAUUAUGAUAAUAAGUCAAUCGAAUUCUUUUUGAAGUUUGUACAAACAAGCACAAUAGAGCAAGCUUCGAAAUUGAUUUCCAAAAAUUCAUCUGCAAUAAUUACUGCGGUGGAUAAAGAGCACUUUUCUAACCUGAAAUUGGCUUGUAAUUUAGCCAUUAUGAAACUUGCUAGUGCAUUACUGCAUUCGAAUAAUGAAAAUCAAUUUUCAUUUUGGAACAAAUAUUUACACAGCUUAAUAUUGAACGCCAUAUUCAAUCCUGGCUUAUUGGCGUUUGAUGAAAGGGUCUCUCAACCUGAAUAUUUGGAAGUUUUAAGGAUUUUACUCAAUAAUAUUCCCAGGAAAUUGAAAGGAGAGCAAACAAAUGUAUUGGUGACAGUUUUCAGGAAAUUUGUUGCAGAUAAUUUGAGUAUUGAAAGUAUCGAUUUGAAAAGGAAUGUGGGUUUGAAACAAAGAAAUACAAUUAAAGGUCUUUUAUUAAUCCAAAAUAGCCAACUAGACACCUCAUUCAAAACAGAAGAGAUUUCUUUCGGCUUAAUACAGAAACUGAUGCAAAAAUUUCUACAAAACAUCGACGAAAACGUUAUCUACAUAAACAGACUCUCAGAUAUUACUACAGAAUAUUGCAAUUCAAUUUUUAAACUCACACUCAAAAAUCCAAAAGAAUUUGAGGCAUUUUUAUCAUAUUUAUUUAAUAGUACCCUUGUUAGCUGUCAAGAGGAUAGUCAAAACACAUUUGGAUUAUAUUUAUUGACUACAUUUGAACCUGUUACCAAGCACAUUAUUGGAGAUUUUGAUAGAUUCUUAAAGGCUUCUGAUAAUAUCGAACUAAUCAUCAAAUUAACCAACUAUUUGCUGAAAUACUUGGAAAACAACAAGAAGGAAUUCAAAAAUAACCUUCAUGCAAUCGCAGAAAAUAUUUUAGACAAAUGGUACCUGUUUCAAUUAUAUUUUGAGGAAAACAGCAUCGAUUUGGGCUUGAAUUUUGUAAGACAAAUAUGGAAAAUAUUCGGUAGUUCUCUUAGUUACAUUGCUGGUAUUCAAAAUUGGGUUUUAAGUCUGUUGAGUAGCAAUGAAGUACUUCUAACUGAACUUGAAGGGGUUAAUUUGUAUUUGAAUAUUUUUGGCGUUGUUGCUGAAGUCGUUGAUGAUGAUACUAAUGUGGAUAAUUUAAGGGUUGCAUUGGAAAAUUUAAGCUCAAAGCUUGAUCCUGUUAUUGCAAAUGCCCAAAAUACCACCCUAACAGAAAAAUUGCUUACAAUUUUGCCCACAGUUAAGAGCCAACAUAUUUUUAAAUAUCUCAUAGAAUUUUAUACUAGAAAUUCUGCUGUAAGCAAAAAUGAAAUUGAUAUGACUAAUUUACUGAAAGUAUUUAUUAUGAAAACUACUGAAGAGAAUCAGGCAAAAAUCUUGCAGGCCAUUUUUGAGUUGGUAUUGGAUAAAAACAAAAAUUUCCAGCAAAAAAUGAAAUUACUCGACAACAUUUUACCAUACAUUUUCAAAUACUGCAGCUAUAAGGCGUUUGAGAGUUUCUUUGAAACAAACAUACAACAAAUUGUAGAGUUACAAGGUGCAACAGAGCCUAGUGAUGCAAUAAUCGGUUUCCAAUUGGUAGAAUUAUUGUUUUUAAGAAUCCCUAUUGGCUCUCAAGAAAGAACGUAUUGCAGCAUCACCGAAGCUUCUGGAAGUCCGAAAUUGAGAGCCCAUUUACUAAAACUGGCUUUGGAUGCUUUUAGAAAUAACGAGAUUAAAGAAAAUUUGAGGAUUUAUAAGUGUUCCGCCUAUAAAGCGCUUGCUUCGAUAAUCAGUAAUUCUAUAAGGACUGAAAAUUUUUACGAAAAAUUAUUUGUGCGUCUUGAAAACAAUGAAGAUAUUUUGUGGAAUAGUUUGAUUGAUACAAACGUGAGCUAUAAUUUUCCUAUUGAUUUUGAUAGUUAUCCUAGGAAGAGGAAGAUUUUGGUUAGUAUCAGAGAUGAGCUGAGGCAGCAAAAUGAACAGAAUCAACAGAACUCGUUCAGAUACAUAGAAUCGCAAAGACUAUUUAAAAGCUCUCUCAAUGAAGACGUAACAAAAUUCGAUUUCACUAACAGCAUUCUCAGGACUUCCACAACAAAAAAUGAGGAAAAUGAUCUUACUGAAGACAAUCCCAAUUUGGAAACAAAGUUUUUUGAAGGCGAAAUCUAUCUGGAAUCUACUGAAAUCAAUAAUCACGAACUAAUGGGCACCGUUUGUGGUAUAAUCGAACACAUUUUUGCAAGUGGGAUUUGUCAGUUGCCUGAAAAUGAAGAUGAAAUGGUAGAGUUUCCCAAAUGGAUGGAAGGCAUCAGAAAUCUACUGCUGAAUCCCAACACUCACAAAAACAUCAAAUUUUUCUGGAUAAAAGUCAUCGACAACAUGAUCCACAUAUUCAGACAUUUUGCUAAAUAUUUCACUGAGCCUUUAUUACAAUUCUUGAAUGACAAAACAGCUGGAAAUGAUCUUAACUACUUUAUAUCUGAUGUUAUUGUAGUGUUAACAUCAUGGACUAGCCUAAUACAACUCAACGAAAAAGAAGCCCAAUUAGCUUCUGCAGUUUUGAAACACAUUGUAACAAUCCUUACAAACGAUAGACAAGAUGCGUUUAAAUACAAUUUGGAUUUGGUCAAGUUGUUUGUUGAAAACUGGAAGGAAUUUAUAGAGGUUCCUUAUGACAAUUUGUUUGCAAAAUUAAAUUUUGACGUUAACGAUAGGAAAAUUGAAGCUGGAGUUCAUUUAACAUCGAUAUUUUUGGUAAAUGAAAUUUUACCUUGUGAAAACGCUAACAUUACUACUUUUUGGAAAAAAAUCCUAAGCAUACUGACAAGUAGUGUAAGCACCAUUUACAAGCCUUGUGCAGAAACUGUAGGCCUAAUGCUCAAAUACUUCAAAAACCACCAAUUAAAACAACAAUCAUUUGACUCAGAAGUCAGUAAAUUGAUAUUACGUUUCGAUAGUACGCAAAUUGAUAAAUACGCCAGCUGUUUGGAAGGUGUCGGCAUUCAUUAUCCAAAAAUAAUUAAUAGUUAUCACGUAAUUAAAAUGCUAAAUCGCUUGUCGCAAUCCAAUCCUAAUCUGCAAUGCAGUUUUUUGAAAAUCAUUUUCAAAGGGGUGGAUAUUUUGGGAGAGGUUGACUCGUUUAAAGGGGAAGAUUGGGACAAGUAUUUGGAGAGUCAAAGUGCCGAAGUUCAACUGAUAACUUUGGAGAUUAUUUUAAAGACAUUCCAAAUCCUGAAACAAAUUGCUUCAUUUAAAAAUAUACUAAAAAGUGUUUGUAAGAAUCUUACAAACCCGAACACAUUCUGUAGAGGUAGAAUGUAUGAUAUACUGAUGGCUAUAUUGGAAGUUGGUAAUAUUGAUGAUAAAGAAAUAACUGACUUGUGCAAAGAGGUUCUAAUCCAAGGUCUUGUAGACACUGACAUUGAAACAAGAGAUAAAAUCCGCAAAUUCUGGUCUGAAAACCCCCUAGUACCAUCAACAAUUUCCAACAAAUUCCGCUAUUUACUAUCCAACUUUUACCUGGCAAAAGUAGAAGAGCACUUUUUAGGUUACACAUCCUACUUUCUCUUAGACUCAAUUAUUUUUGAUGAAUAUGAAAAGGAACUUUUCGAACAUCCUUUAGAGGAUUGUGAUUUUGAAGAGUACAAACUACAAACGAAUUGGAGGCUGCAACAUCCGUCUGUGGUGCCAAUGUUUGCGGAAACUUUGAGAACCUACACUGAAGGCCUCGACGAUGGUUCUUCGGUGGAGUUAGGCGCAAUAAGGGCUACUCAAGAUAAUCUUACUUUUGCUCCCACUCAGCAAUCUGUAAGGGAAAGACAUAUUUCUCAAAUUGUUAGCCUAGAAAGUACUUUGAUUGGGAAUAAUAAUAAUACUUUUAUUAACCCAAAUGCUGUGCAAAUUUCACAAAAUUAUAAAUUGCCCAAACGGAGGUUUUUGAAGGAUAAAGCUAAGAUAUCUGCUGGGUUUGCUCAUUCAGCUGUGGCAGAAAAAAUUCAAAAAGUUUCCAAAAGAUAUGAUGCUGCCAAGGAGCAGGAGAAGAAAGUGACUAUUUAUAGGAGUUAUAGAAAAGGGGAUUUUCCUGAUAUACAAAUUAGCUUGGGGUCUUUGGUUAAACCUUUACAAAUGCUAGCCCUGCACGAUGGUGAAUUAUCCAAAAUCCUCUUCUCUUGCAUCCACAAAUCCCUAAAAGAAAAACUUAAAAACACCCAAGACGGUUUCGGCAACUUUAUUCUGGAAAGUAUCAAGCACAUUUUCACAGCCUCUAUGCAAUUUAAUGCCAACGUUAUCUCAACUUUGCUGGAUAUCUUACUGCAAAGCAAAAAGGAAUUUCAAAUCAAUCCUGAAUUACUUGCCAAAGUUUGCCAACAAAGCGGCUUGGUAUCUGUAGGGGCGCUGCUACUAGAAGAAUAUUUGAUAUCUAUAAAUGCACCUUCAGAUUAUGAAAUGUAUUAUGAUAACGUUGAAACACCUUACUGGCUGAAACUGGCUGAACUUUACAAGGAUUUAAAUGAAUGGGAUUUGGUGAGGAAGAUAUUUUUGGAAAAAACUAAUUGUAAAGAGGAUGUUCACAAAGCGAUUAUUUUGGAAUCGGACAAAAGGUGGCGUGAUGCUCAGGAGAAAUAUGAAAACUUGAUUAGAACUGAUCCAAGCCCUGCAUGUCAAGAUUUCUAUUAUGAAUCAUAUUUUAAGUGUCUUGCACAUUUAGGUGAAUGGGACAAAUUACCAAUAGCAGUAGAAUCCCUUGUUCCAGAAGGUGGCGAGAAAACUUGGGAUUCUUUGUGGGACAAUGAUUGGUUCCAGCAAAAAAUCUUGCCAUGGUUUGUUAGCGCCAAAGUGAAGAAUACUUUAUUUACUGGCAACGAUUGUUCACAGUUUUUGACUGAUAUUAAUAAGUCUUUAAGCAAUCCAGAACAAGCUGAUUACUUAAAAAACAAAUUCUCAGAAGAACUGUGCAUAUUAUGGCUGACCCAAAAAGAUAACGCCCAAGCUGCUCAAUAUUUGAAAAACAGCCUGGAUAACUUUUUGAGUGACUGGCAACUGUUGAAUCCAAUGUUUGGCAAUUUAAGAUACAAUAAAAUCCUAAAUCUGCGUACUCUUAUUGAAAUCGAUCAGUUUUUGACCAUUGAAAAAACCUUGGCAGAAAGCUCUGGAGCAGAAAACCUAAAACGUGUUCAAGAUUAUUGGAAAUCUACUCAAAAAGAACUGUUACCGUCAAUAGUAUUAAGCGAGUCAAAGCUUUUAUAUAGAAAAUUGUUUAAUAAACUAUUAAUGAACAAAGUAAGCAAAUUCAAUCAAACAGAAUUGGUUAAAGAAUUGAAAAAAAAUAAUAUAAUAUUGGACAUGGCUUUUAUGAAUUUAGCUGUUGAGGAGGAAAACUAUUAUAUGACUAGGAAAUAUUACAAAGACUAUGUCCAAAUGAAUCAUCCCAAUUUAACAAUGAUUUUUGGCAGUUUAGCUUGUUUAUAUGCGAAUUUAGUUAAAAACGACUAUGGGCUAAAAUUGCAAAAGUUACUGGAAGGCUUAAAGAAAUUCAGAGAAAUUAUUCUGUCUAAUAAAGAGGACAAAGUGAUAGUUGCCCUUUUGAAAAUUUUCGAUAUCAGUGAAAAAGUGGUUGAAGUAUUAACGAAUAACCCAGAUUUGUAUGGGAAAUAUGAAAAGGAUUUAACUGAAUUGUUUGGAGGCACUGAAGAAUCUCCUUUGGAGAUUGCACGUUGUAACUUGAAAAAAGAGAUUUUGAAAAACUGUUCUGAAAAUCAGCCUGAUAUCAUUGAAGCCAAAACCAAAGCCCUAGUAAAACUAGCUUAUUUCAUACAACACGAUGAAGAUCAAGAAGCCGAUUUUCUUUUGUACGUUUUGAGAGCAAUGACAUUGGGGUCUAAAGAAGCCCGACAACUAUUUCCAUGCAUCCUUCUGAAAAAAUCUUUGCAAGACGAAUUAAAAGACAUAUUUUUGAAUGAAACAGCUGAUAUACCUACUUGGAUGUUUUUAGGAUGGAUACCACAAUUAUUGGCUAACGCUGAUUGUCCAAAAGUUGAAGCUUUGUCCGAAAUCAUUUUGAGGAUUGCCAGGACUUAUCCUCAAGCUAUAAUGUAUUCUUAUAGAUUGAGCAAAGAAACUUAUUCCAAUGUUGAUGAAAAUUUAAUAGAAGAAUUAGAUCGCUUGCUUUUAAGUGAUCCUGUUGUUGAUAAGUUUUUAACUGCAUUAUCCAAAGUAAGCGUCCCAUUAGUUACCCUGGAAUAUUAUAUUAAAAAACUGUUCAAUUGCCAAGAUAUUGAUAGUAUGAUGCAAAAGAAAAAUGACCUAUUUGAAUUUUUCUUUACUGAAGACUCAGACUCCAGAGACUCGAGCAAUAUGCAAGGAAAUAUGUACAAAAGCAUUGUGAAAGACUUCAAAAACGAAUUCCAAAAAAUCACCAAUCGAUUAACAUUACCUAAAAUCAAAGAUCUAGUGGCAAACAUAACCAAAAAACGUCAUCAGAUUUUAAAUCCACCACCAGGCCAAAGGAGGCCUCAACAAUCCAAACUACUGAAAGAUUAUUGUCCUUGGCUGGCCAACUUUUCAGCUGGCAGGUUGAAUUUAGAUUUGGAAAUACCUGGACAGUAUACAGGCGAAAAAUUGCCUUUGGUACAACAUCAUAUUAGGAUUUCUGGAUUUUGUGAUUCGGUGAACGUCAUGUCUUCUCUACGUAGACCCAUAAAAGUGACCAUGGUAGGCAUGGACAGCAAAGAAUACCCGUUCCUAAUCAAAUUCGGAGAGGAUAUACGUCAAGAUCAAAGAAUAGAACAAUUAUUUAUGUUAAUGAACAAUGCUUUAGCCAGCGACAAUAAAACCCAUCACGUUUUGACUUAUCAAGUCAUACCGUUAACAUCCAGCCUUGGUAUUAUUCAGUGGGUGGAAAAUACAGUGUCGUUGGAGGAUUUUAUAAAACGUGCAUUGCCGGAAAAGAAAAGGCAAAGCACUUUUGAUUCUCUUUACAGUAAAUAUGAGAAAUUUUUGGAGCGGCAUGACAAUAACACUGAUAAAUAUGGCAUGACGGCUUUGAAGAAAGAUAGAAAUAAGAUUAUACCGUUCUACCGUGGAUUGGUUAAUGAACUUCCUUUAAAUGCUUUGAGGGCUUCAAUUUGGUCUGUGAGUCUUACAACAGAAAGUUUUAUAGCAUUUAGGGACAAUUUUAUUAAAAGUUACGCCACAAUUUGCGCUUGUCAAUGGAUUUUGGGAAUCGGCGAUAGGCAUUUACAAAACACAAAAGUGUGCACCAGAAAUGGUAAAGUCUUAGGUAUAGAUUUUGGGCACGCUUUUGGUACAGCUACACAAAUAUUGCCCAUACCAGAAUUGGUACCAAUAAGAUUAACGCCGCAUAUAGUAGAUCUAAUGGAGCCUCUGGCAGAAAAAGGCUCGUUUAAACACGUCAUGAUUGACUGUUUGAAUUCGUUGAGGAACAAUAAAGCUCCCUUAUUGGCUACUAUGAACGUUUUCAUACAAGAACCUUCAGUUGAUUGGCUGGAAAAUGCUAAAAAGUUCCAAAUGGCUGAUGCAGUUGAUACUCACGAAUGGUACCCGUUACGAAAAAUCGAGCAGGCUAAGCGAAAGUUGGAAGGUGCGUCCUCGACUACCAUUCUUGUGGAAGAUUUGAAAUCUUCAAGUUUUUAUGUGUCAAAACCGAAAUAUUUUGAGACUUAUGUUAAGUUUGUACAAGGAGAUGCCCCAUAUGAUCUAAGAGCAAGAUUGAGUAGCAAAGAAACUUUGUCAGUGGAAGAACAAGUUGAUUGCUUAAUUGAUCACGCUAUGGAUCCGAAUUUAUUGGGCAGGAUGUUUUCUGGAUGGAAUGCUGCUGUGUAGUUUGUAAGGAAAGAUGCUUUAUUAUUUUUUCAAUACAUAUAUUUUUUUUUUAUAAAUAAAUAUACUUUCACCAGUUACCUAUAAUAUCCUAUGAAUGGAACCUACUAUAUAAUUUUUGAUACAAAUUACACAAAUCUACUAUUAGCAUUCCUUUAUGAAACCUUUUGCCAGAUCAUACAGAAAUUUCAUGGAUGGCUUUUUAUUGAGACAUCAAAAAUUUUGAAUUUUGCUAUUCAAAAACGUCAAUUUUUGACAACGAAUAUUAUGACAAAGCGAACCUAAGAUUCUCGGAGAUUUUUGCAUAAUUAAUUCAGGAUAUAUUAAUUUAUGGAUGCCAUUAUUGCAAGGGACUUGUAAGUAUAAUGAUUUUGUUUAACUUGAAAUCUUCACUUCUAAUUAGCAACAUUAGGUUUGUUCUCAAAGUUAUAAGAAACAGGUUUUCAGCAAAUGAACUUGUUCAAUAUAGAAAACAUUCUUACAUAUUGUUCGUCGAUUUUAAUCUGAUACUCGGAUGGAAUGUGAGCUGGUGGCUCCCUACAUUAGAACGCCGAUGGUUACCUG